UACAAUACUACUUUUAAGGAGACCAACAGCUACUUAUAGGAAUUGGAUGAAAAUAAAUGACAGAAGCUUAAAGUAAUCAGGAACAGCAUUCAUUGGACAGGUUGUGAGGCUUUGGAGGAAUCACCAGGAGAAGGGAGAUGACAAAAUACAAUGUUACAUGAAUAAGGUACACAUCGCCUAAUUAAAUACACUAAUCAUACACCUAAAAUACAUUCCCACACAUUGUGCAUACAUUUCAUCAUGUUACAAAUGAAUUAUUUCUAGAACAUGAAUUAUUUAUAGAACAAACAAUUAUGAAUUGUUCUUAUGUUAUUAAUUUUUCAAUGUUAUUCAUUAUUCUUGUUUGUUAAAAGUUACUUCAUAGUAUCUUUUUGUUAGGUCACAUUCAUAAGGACAGUCUUCCUCCAACUGCCUUCUUUGAGUCUCCAGAGGGUAGGCUUGUGAUGUCCGAUUUAGAAGUCCGAUUUCGGCACCCAUUCAAGCAUUACAAGUCUAAGCUACCCAACCAGGCUCCAUUUUCCUUUCUCCAGGAUUUGGUAAGUGUGUAAAUAGAAUAGAUUUAACCUGAGUCUUUUGUCCCUGGCCAAUUUCCACAUCAACAAAACACACAAAAUGACAAUAAAACACAUUUGAUUAAAAAAAUAUAUUGUCCAUGUAGCUUAUCAUUUGUUGAAUAUAGAAUGUUUCACUUGUUUGUUUUUCAGGCUGUCGAGAUUUGUGGUCAUGAGGAGGAAGAGGGAAUAAAAAUAUUUGCUCUAGAUUUCCUGAAUCUCUUGUGCUUGCCUGACAAAAUUAAAGGUGAGAGUAACUACACAAACUACUACACUCUGGAGGCCACUGUCAUUGCUGUGUGCUACAACAAAACCGACAGAGUGAAGUACUAUGGAGCAUCCCUGUCCUGCAGAGGGGAGACAGAAAAUAACAUUAUGAUCAAUUGGUCAUGUCUAAAAGUGUGGCAUGCCUAUGUGUCUUAUGUAGUGUUGUCAUUCAGACAUGAACAGGGAAACGGUAUCAGAUUCCCUGUCUCCGUAAAAUGCAGAGCAUUUUACAGGAAUCACGAGAGCAAUAAAGACCAGACCGAUUGUUAUGAAGACUGAAUGCCGUGCAAGAACUGUGGGGAUAUUUUCUCUCUCUCAAACCCUGCGACGGUCAGAAAUGACUUUCCCUACUGAAACUGUGCUGAGACAGAGUGCCUAAGUAAACUUCUAUUAUGUGAUCAGGAUGUCUGCAACAAUAUGAGUUUUGGACACUACACAAUGGAAAAUGUCUUAGAGAAACUAAAAGGUCUUAGAAAUAUUGUAAGUAAGCAUUUCACUGUAAGGUCUACACCUGUUGUAUUCGGCGCAUGUGACAAAUAAACAUUUGAUUUGAUUUGAUU